UGGGAACGGGAUAAAAAUCUCUGUGACGUGCAUAAAUUUCACUUCCGGUGGCAAAGGCCAGCCCAUAUUGGCAGCCCGCAUCCUGCAUCCCAAAGAGAACUCUUCCCGUACGACAAUGUCCAAAGCUGCGUCAUUUCUAAGAGAGUAUCGUAUCGUUCUGGUCGGAGAAGGAGGUGUCGGAAAGUCAGCCCUGACCAUUCAAUUCAUCCAGUCGCAUUUUGUCGAUGAAUAUGAUCCUACUAUUGAAGACUCAUAUCGCAAACAAUGCGUAAUCGAUAACGAAACCGCCCUUUUAGAUGUUCUGGAUACUGCUGGACAGGAAGAAUAUAGUGCUAUGCGCGAACAGUACAUGCGGAACGGAGAAGGAUUUCUUUUGGUAUACUCUAUCACUUCCAGACAGAGCUUUGAGGAAAUUAAUACGUUUUAUCAACAAAUCUGUCGUGUGAAAGAUCGUGAUGUCUUUCCAAUGGUUUUGGUAGCGAACAAAUCGGAUCUGGAGAAGGAUAGGCAGGUAUCAAGUCAUGAAGGUCGCGAUUUAGCCAGGAAUUUCGGUUGCACCUUUGUGGAAACCUCUGCUAAACAGAGGGUCAAUGUGGAUGAAGCGUUUUUCCAUGUUGUUCGUGACAUUAGGCGUUUCAAUAAGGAGCAGGAGGCCAAAGACAGUGGCCAUACUCCGUUCGAAUCGCCCGAUGAGCGCGAAGAAGCUGGUGGCGAUAAGUGCUGCUUAUUGAUGUAAUCUGUUCUACUCAUUCGUUUUUUCUAUAUACCAGCCUGACAGUACAAUACAUUGUAAUACACACUCAUUUUCGUGAUUGCAGGCGAUAAUCUUGACCGUUGAUCUCUGAAAAAGUGAAUUUUUCCAAUAUAGGAUGAUUUUGCCUCCUAGUACGACCCUUGUGAAGGGUUCAUUGAUGAACGUUUUGCCUGCGAUAGUGGCUGUAUCGAGUAGUUUCGAGAGAGGCUGGAGGGAAGCAUCGGAUGAAAUAACUCUAAAUUUCAAAGUAAUUCUGGUCCAGAACGCUAAAUUUGAAUGACGAGUGUAAUAUGUUACCCAGUUUAGGUAUAUUCAAUUGAGGCUAUGGCAUCGAAAGUUCAGUCAACGUGGCAAAUCGUGGUACAACUUGGC